AUGGCCGCUCGAGCACCGCCCGCUGGCCGACCCGGCCUCAACACUCGCUUUGCGCAGUUCAAGCUCGUCCUUUUGGGCGAGUCUGCUGUUGGAAAGAGUUCAAUAGUCCUUCGUUUUGUCAAGGAUCAAUUUGACUCCUUCAGAGAAUCUACUAUUGGAGCGGCUUUCCUCACUCAGACCAUCUCCCUAGAUGAGAACACGACGGUCAAGUUCGAGAUUUGGGAUACGGCCGGCCAGGAGCGAUACAAGUCGCUGGCUCCCAUGUACUACCGAAAUGCCAACUGUGCCGUUGUUGUAUACGAUAUCACGCAAUCCGCAUCACUAGAUAAAGCGAAGGCCUGGGUAAAAGAACUACAGCGUCAAGCAAACGAGAACAUCAUCAUUGCGCUUGCUGGAAACAAGCUCGAUUUAGUCAACGAACAGCCCGAUAAGCGAGCCAUCCCAACUGCAGAUGCCGAGGCUUACGCCCGAGAGGCCGGCCUUCUCUUCUUCGAGACGUCUGCCAAGACUGCCGAGAACGUGCGAGAACUCUUCACUGCCAUUGCAAAGAAGCUUCCCUUGGAUCAAGCCGGACCUAGACAUGCGCGACCCGGCCAACGACCCGGCGUCAGUCUUGCUCCAGAGAAUUCCAACACUAAUGUCAACGGACCAUGCAGCUGCUAA